UACAAAAAUUUUUUUUGGAGAAAAUCAGCACAAAAAUGAAAGUUCCGACGCGCGACUCAAAAUAUUCAUUUAAUUUGAAAAUAUUCAAAUUGCACAACGAUAAGAAAUCCACAAGCGCCUCGCUGGCACCCACCGCGGCACAUCCACCCAGUAGUACUUCACCUGUGAUCUCAACAAAACGAAACUCAUGGCGCACUGCAUGGCGCGAGGCUAUGGGCAAGGGCGCCAAGGAACCAAAGGAGACGGAUGCGUCAUCUCCUGCAGUUGUUGAACAGCCACAAACAAAACAGUGUCAAAGUUCCUGCGACUUCAUGUUGUCUGGUGCCGCCAGUCCAGCCGCCAGCCCUGCCGCCAGCUCUGCCGUUUCACCCGUGGAUGAGCUGAUGUCAAUGCCAUGGUUUGGCAUGGACAUUGGCGGCACCCUCACAAAAUUGGUUUACUUUGAGCCGAAGGACAUCACGCCCGACGAACAGGAUCGCGAGGCGGGCAUUUUACGGAAUAUACGCCGUUAUUUAACAAGAAACUCUGCAUAUGGCAAAACCGGACACCGCGACACGCACUUGCAGAUGGACAAUGUGGAGAUACGCAAGCGACGUGGUUCCCUGCAUUUCAUUCGGUUUCAGACCACAGACAUGGGCAACUUUCUGUCCCUGGCCAAGCAAAAGGGCAUGGCCGAACUGGUGACCACUGUCUGCGCCACUGGCGGUGGAGCCUUCAAAUUCGAGAAGGAUUUCCGUGAUCAAGUGAACAUGAAGCUGGCCAAAUUCGAUGAACUGGACACGCUCAUCAAGGGCAUACUCUUUGCCGAUCUGCACAAUCGCACCGAAUGCUACUACUACGAGCAUGCACGGGACAUAAUUUUCGAUGAAACUCUCUCAUGCAGCAAAAGCGAGAAGCGUGCAUUCAAUUUUUCACAACCAUUUCCAUUCAUAUUGGUGAAUGUUGGCUCCGGCGUCUCCAUUCUGGCUGUCUACGGACCCGACAACUACAAACGCAUCUCAGGCACAAGCUUGGGCGGCGGCACAUUCCUGGGUCUAUGCUGUUUGCUUACCGGCUGCACAACCUUCGAGGAAGCCAUACAGCUGGCCACCAAGGGCGACAACAGAAAGGUGGACAAGUUGGUCAAGGAUAUUUAUGGCGGCGAUUACAAUCGCUUUGGUCUGCCCGGCGAUUUGGUGGCAUCCAGCUUUGGCCAAAUGCACAUUGACGACAAGCGGGUUUCAGUGUCCCGCGAGGAUCUGGCCAAUGCCACACUAGUCACAAUAACUAACAAUAUUGGUUCCAUUGCGCGCAUGUGUGCCCUGAAUGAGAAGAUUGACAGGGUGGUGUUUGUGGGCAACUUUCUGCGUGUGAAUCCCAUAUCCAUGAAGCUGCUGGCGUACGCCAUGGAAUUCUGGUCGAAUGGCACAAUGAAGGGACUCUUCCUGGAGCAUGAGGGAUACUUUGGUGCCCUGGGUUGUCUGCUGCAGUUCAAUGGCGAGCUAGCAGCUGCUCUGAAUGAAGGCCUGGAUCAUCCGCAAAGCACAGAGCACACAGUCCCAGAUGACAGUGCCAGUGCGAGUGCAGCAGAGUCGCCUUCGAUCCCCUCCACGGCGGACAAACCGUCGGGUAAUUCAUCGCCGCUUUCGACAGCAACAAAACACUCUACUAGGUAGUCGCUGUAGCACCAUGUUCCUCCGUGUACAGUAGACCUAAGAUUACUUGGGCAAUGGAAAUAUAUGGAAAAUGGAUCGAUCCCUUGCAGAUCAGAUUAUUAUCUCGGUAUUCAAAAUAAAUUCUUUUUUCGGCUUAAGUUUAUACAUUGAGAGAGGUUGCUGCUGCCGCCAGUUGUUGUAAAUGCAUCAAAUUACAGAAUAGAUAAAGUGCCUGCUAAAAAAAA